AUGUCCGACCAAGUACGAUUCUACCUAGAACAGAGCAUUCCUGAGCUCGAAGACCUUGAACAGCGAGGACUCUUCACCAAAAAAGAGAUUGCUCAGCUUGUGCGUAAGCGAACCGAUUUCGAGCACAGAAUCACCGGAAGACAGUCUCGGCCUCGAGAUUUUUUGCGGUAUGCCCACUUUGAAAUAAAUCUGGAGGCUCUUCGGAUGAAGCGGAUUGCUAGACUCGGAAACAAUCCUGCUGCCAAGCUCAAGAAAAACAGAAACAGAAACAUGCCUACCCCUACAAACAUCUCCGACUAUGCCGGCCGAAGGCGAAUCAAUUUCGUGUUCGACCGAGGAACCAAGAAAUUCGCAGGCGAUGCUGACCUGUGGAAGCAGCACAUCGCUUUCCUGAAGCAUUACAAAAUGAUGGCGAAGCUGUCGACUGUCCAUACUAACAUGCUCAAGCUCUUCCCCAACCGGGCUGACAUCUGGAUCAUGGUAGCCAAGCAUGAGUUUGAUGAGAACUCUGCAGCACAGACAGCACGAUCUGUCUUCCAGAGAGGUCUGAGAUUCAACCCCGAGAGCAAAAAGCUUUGGCUAGAAUACACCAAGCUGGAGCUGUUGUAUGUGUCUAAGAUCCUGACUCGACGAAAGCUCCUUGGAAUCCUUGCUGAUAGAGACAAGCAGCGAGAGGCUGAGGAAGUAAAGGAAGUUGACGAUGAAAACGUCAUUGCCCUUCCUGAGCUUGAUGGUGACGAUGACAUCAAGGCUGAACUCAAGACUCUUCCUGAGGCUGAUAUUGACAUGCUCGGUAACCCCUCCACCAACCCUGCCCUUCGAGGUGAUGUUGCUCUUGCAAUCUUCGACUCUGCUCUCGAGACUAUCCCUAGGUACUCUUCAGAGAUCAACACUGGUCUCAAGAAUGACGAUGGAUCUUUUACAGUCGCUCUUGCACCUCAUUUUGCAUUCCUGCUGUCUUUCUCACGACAGUUCCUCGAGCUCUUUGACGAGUUUGAGGAUAUGGACCGAGAGUACCUUUGUGCACAUGUCAUCCAGGCUGUCAUGCAACAAAUCAACAACGACAUUGGGUCCGCAUCCCUGAAGCUCACCGAGAGUGCUAUCGCAGAUAUUGCUCGGUUGGUGGUGGAUGACAUCACCCUCUCAGUGCGGUACUUGUCCCCUCUUGAUGCUUCCUUCCCUGAGGCCUUCAAGCUGGCUCUGAACAAGUACAAUGUCGCCAUGUCUAAGACCUGGAAGAAAAAGGGAUCGGAGAGACAACAGCAAGUCCGUAAGCAAAUUGCGUCACAGUUCAAGGAGAAGCUGGCGGACUACCUUACAGCUGGCAAGUCUGUUGAUAGAGAGAUCGACGAGAACCUCAAGCGAGCGCUUAAGGCCGUCAUCAAGAAGACCGAGGACGAUAUGUAA